CUACGGGACGGUGUAUUCUCGGCGAACACUAACGUCUCCCAUGUUUCUCUCACUACGUUUUCGCCGGGGUACGGGUCAGACACAUAAAUACGCCAUGCCCGUACUGGUGCUGCGGUGUGCCCAGCAUGUUUCCAAGUCUACUCGCUGCCGCACUGACGUUAGCAGGUGCCAUAGGCGCGAAGGCAUCGCCAGUCGCCUCUGCGGAGACACAGUCAAUUCCGUACACAAGUCCGUUCAUCUAUUAUCAUGGGCGAUGGGAUGCUGCACCAGCGACUUGGUGGGCUUCGUCUGGGUUCAAGUUGCAUGUCGCGAAUCUGAAGUCGCUCACACUCGCUCUGGGUCCCAAUACGACAUCGCCUCUAGCCUCUCUCGGUGUCUCGGUUGAUUACCAGCCUUUCGUUACCGUCAACGUCUCCGAGGGCGUGAACGAAAUCAACGUCAACGGUGCGAACCCGUCGUCUUCAGUGGUCCGAUUCAACGUGGAGGAAUGGCAGGAUAACCGUGUAAACCUCGAGCGCAUUGAGCUGAACACAGACGCGACCCUGCUUCCAUAUGUCCCUCAGCCGCUUGUCUUCCAGUUCAUCGGGGACUCGCUCUCGGCCGGGCAGUUUCUCCCCAUGGGUGUCGACCAAGCGUGGAACUUCAUGACAGCAGAAACGUUCAAAGCCGAGCACCGUAUUAAUGCCCAGCCUGGUGCCACGCUGACCGACAUGGAAUCGUAUGGGAAUGUGCAUGGCGUCUCCUUCCAGUACUUCCGGACGGAGGACACUGGCUAUUAUAAUACGCCUCAGCAUAAUUAUACGACGCCAUGGGACUUCCUGCGCGACCAGCCGCCGCCGACUCACUUCGUGAUCCAUAUCGGUGCAAAUGAUGCGUCGUGGGACGUCCCUGAAGCGAACUUCACGCAGACAUACCUCGCUUUUGUGGAGCGCAUCCGCACUAUGUACCCGAUCGAACCAAUUUUCGUCUUCACGCCCUGGGGUUGGCCACAACCAGACGGCCCGAACACGUACUACUACCCCAACGCGUACACAGACGUCGUCGCCGCUCGCCACGCACUCGGUGACCAGCAGAUCUUCCUGGUUAAUACGACCGGCUGGGUGGACUAUUCCGAUGUUUAUCCCGCAAAUAUCCACCCGGAUGUCGAGGGGCACCAGAAGAUUGCUGGCUUGUUUGAGACAUGGUUGGAGGGUUGGGGUCUGCAGCGGUUGCCAGAGUGGCUGACAACUUGACGGGUAAAGAGUGCCUUCGGCUGUUGUGGUACUUAGUUGUGUCCGUCGUUACAGGGUUCCGCGGAUAUAAUUUGCACCUCACGGCAUGUCAUCUGCUGGUACUUGAGCCGUGCGUCAGACCACUUCAAAGCAUGACCGCGAGGCUCUCGAAGACUGAGAUGAGUACAUACUGAUACUUCACAGGCUGUGUAUACAAUUGGGAUU